AGCCGGUGAAGGGACACGAUGGCUGAGGACGAGCUGGCCUCCAGGCUGAACCGGCGCCUGCGGAUGGAGGACCCGGCGGAGGCGGAGCGGGAGCCGCCGCACAUGAGGGUCUUCAACCCUCACACCGAGUUCAAGGAGUUCAGCAGAAAGCAGAUAAAGGACAUGGAGGGGAUGUUCAGGCGAUACGACGCGGGGAAGGAUGGCUUCAUAGAUCUGAUGGAGCUGAAGCGGAUGAUGGAGAAGCUUGGCGCUCCACAGACCCACCUGGGCCUUAAGGACAUGAUUAAAGAAGUAGAUGAAGAUUUUGAUGGAAAACUGAGCUUCAGGGAGUUCCUUUUAAUUUUCCGCAAAGCAGCAGCAGGGGAACUGGAAGAGGACAGCGGGUUGCAUGCUCUUGCGCGACUCUCAGAAAUCGAUGUUUCAAUUGAGGGUGUGAAAGGAGCCAAGAGCUUCUUUGAGGCAAAGGUACAGGCCAUCAAUCAUGGCAGCCGAUUCGAGCAGGAAAUCAAAGCCGAACAAGAGGAGAAGAAGAGACAGGCAGAAGAGAAGGAGCAGAGGAAGGCUGCCUUCAAAGAGCUACAGUCCACCUUCAAGCCAUAAAACAGAGCAGAGUAUUUUCAUAGCAUGCAGAGAGAAAUUAUCUAUAUACAGUACCUAUAUAAUGCAGGGUGUACAAACUUGUUCUUCCGUUGUUGCUGGAUUACAACUCCUAGCAUGUUCUACCAGCCAAGGGCUGCAAAUAGUGGUUCAUCAAUACCUGAAGAGCUAAGAUGAGACAUUCCUGCUGCUAAAUAUAUGGAAAAAGAAUAUAUCUAAUUUAUUGCUUACGGUUGGAUGGACCAAUAAAGUGAAUCAUUUCACUAGUGAUUUCC